AGCCGUACGAUUCACAUCAUUCAAGUUUCUUUUCGUUCUUUGUGCUAUACACAAGUCUAUGUUCGGAAGAGAAAAAAAAAAUAAAUAAGUGAAAAGUAAUAAGUGACACUGUGCAGUGACAUUCAUUCAAAAAGGAUUAUUAGUUUCAAAAACCUAGUGUAUUAAGUGUAUCAUCAUGCUUGUCGAAGAAAUGCCUCGCAGCUUCGUUAAGAAGAAUAAUAGCUACAGUCACUGUCCGCUUAAAAAACGGCCAGUGCACGUGUUGAUAUCCGAAGAAGUUACAAAAGAAGAAUUGGUAGUAGUUGAUGAUAUUCCCGAGCCGGAAAAUCUCAGCACAAAACCAGAGGAUCUCAGCAAGACUGCGGAGAAACGUUCUCAAUAUUCAAGAUCACCAUCACCUGUUUAUGGAAAACGAUCAGCAUCACCAGUGUCCCGUUCACCUUCGCCUUCAUCGAGGCCCAUUUCUCACAUGUAUCAUCAUCAUUUAACGUAUCCUCAUUAUCCAGCAAAAACAAUAACACCACCAAUUGCGCCAGUUCAUCCAGUGGCAAAAAAAGCACGAGUCGAAGUAAUUCAACACGAUCAUGCCUCACCAACAGCGGCUGUUGCUCCACCAAUGCAUUUUAUGGCAACAAUGACGCCCUUGGAGCCAUUGAAUUUAAAUACGCCAAUGGAGCCAUUGGCGCAUUACGCCACACCAGCAUGGGCACGUUCAGCACCACUUUACCCACCUCACUAUCUUCCCUAUCCAGCGUAUCGCUACCAUCAUCACCCUGCAGCGGAACUCUAUCAAUCUUGUCCAGUGCCUGCUUACCCACAUUCAUCUCCUGAACAUUCAUCUGUUUCUCCACCACCUCACGCUGCCCUCACGUGCCCCACGAUUCAACGACCGAUUGCAAGGAGUUACGCUCACUGGGCAAGUCCCGAUCAUUGUGGAUUGUCACCAACAAGUUCCUUGGGCUCCCUAAGAUCACCACCACCCGUAACACCCGAAGAUUUAUCAUCGCCCGGAAGUGAUAGUGGAAGAUCAUCAGCCGGUAGUACAUCAGCCGGUUCAACAAUUGUCAAUCAAAAAUUGGAUAAAUCAAAUCCCUCAACAUCGCCAACAUCAUCGCCACGUUAUUCAUGUCCCGAUUGUGGAAAAUCAUAUUCAACAUAUUCGGGCCUAUCAAAACAUCAACAAUUUCAUUGCGCCUCAGCUGAGGGACAAACAAAAAAAUCCUUCUCGUGCAAAUAUUGUGAAAAGGUAUACGUUAGUUUGGGUGCUUUAAAAAUGCACAUCAGAACACAUACAUUGCCAUGUAAAUGUCAUCUUUGCGGAAAAGCAUUCUCAAGACCUUGGCUUCUUCAAGGACACAUUAGAACUCACACCGGCGAAAAGCCAUUCAAUUGUCAACAUUGUAAACGAGCAUUCGCUGACAGAAGCAAUCUCAGAGCGCACCUUCAAACGCACAGUGAUGUGAAAAAGUACUCGUGUCCGUCUUGUAGCAAGACCUUCAGUCGUAUGUCUUUACUCACAAAACAUCAGGAAGGAGGAUGUCCAGGCGUUGCUGUACCAAUGGGUUUUUCGUGUUAAAAAAUCAAAAUUGUGUUUCAGAAAAAGAAAAUAUUUCCAGUGUUUUUUAAGGUGCGUGAGAGAGAGAGAGAGAGAUUGUCAAUUUCAAACCAAGUGCCUUAGAAGUCUCACACCAAUAUUUUUGAGACUGCUCCGAGUACAAAGAAAAGAAAAUUUUUUUAGAGACUAAAUAAUAUAUAAGUGUAAAUAGCGUGAAAGAAAAUUAUAUUUUCUACAUUGUGCUUAUAAAUUUAUUUUUGAAAAAAAAAAGUUACCGCUUGACGUGGUUCCGUGAAACUGCUGUGCCAUUUUCAUCUUUAAAAAAAAACCUAAAUUUGGUUCAUUUUCGCUUUGCUAUUGUAUUUAUAUUCAUUACGUUCCAUGGCGUCAUUUUUAAAAAAAAAAAAUAUUUAUAUUAGAUUUUAAGUUCAUGUGCACAAAAAAAAGCACCAAAGUGCCAUUAUAAAUUAUUUAUGUUCAGUUUUCACGUAAAUAUAUUCAUAUUAUUAUGUACGACAGGCUUGCAUUGUAAAUACUGCAUCUUGAAAAUAUGGCUAUUUUGUAAGCUUGGAAAAACUCGUACAAGAGUAUUAUUAUAUUUCUAAAAAUCAAAGAAUUUUCGUUUCUUAGAAUGAUUUCUUUGAAAUUUCAUUUUUUUUUUUCAUUACUUGUAAGUUACUUUGAAAAGCUAGUCAUUAUUUUUAUAUAAAACAAAAAAAAAAUAGUAGAGAAAUCAUUUUUUGUUUUGUCUACAAUUUUUGAUAUAUAGUCAUCGAUGAAACUCAGUGAAAUAAUUAUUGGUUUCAAAUUAUUUUGUAAGCUCUCAGCGAUUUUCCUCGCUAUUUAGACUUGUAAAGAAAGUAAACUAAUAUGCAAAGAUAUAGAGAGAAUAUUUUAUAAAAAAUAAAUUUGAUAAAUUUAAUAUAA